UUGCAUUUUUUUUCUAAAUCAUUCAUUGCAACACUGCUUGUAACCAUAGACUGCGUGUAAAAUAAGCUAAAAGCGUCAAAAAAGUUGUCGUCUUUUAUUUUACCAAUAUGCACGCACGCACAAAAACCAAUAUGAAUGAAUGUGCCACGUUUAUUUUGAUUACAGUAAUGCUUAUUGCAGAGAUGAAUGAGUGGGUGCAGUACAUUUUCCUUCAGCCAAAUGUUCAUAUGAUUUUUUUUAGCUAUAGGCGCUGCAACUGGCAAUGCUGGAGUACCGAUGGAAUGCUGCUGCUGCCGCUGCUAUAUUAUGGUAAUUAGUUAUCUCGUAUCGAUCGAUGACUUUCCUCUGUACAUUAUGGGAUGACUAAUUUUGUCUACUUACACGAUA